CCCGCCGCCGCGCUGCACGCCCGGAGUUCGCCCUCUGCCCUCGCGGGGACAGGGGGUCCCGCCACCGUCAUGCUGCCCGCCAUCUACACAGCCCUGGCGGGGCUGCUGCUCCUGCCGCUGCUGGUGAACCUCUGCUGCCCCUACUUCUUCCAGGACGUGGGCUACUUCCUGCGGGUGGCCGGCGUGGCCCGGCGGGCGCGCAACUACGGGCGGCGGCGGCCGGUGCGCACCGUCCUGCAUGCCUUCCUGGACAAAGUGCGCCAGACCCCGCACAAGCCUUUCCUGCUCUUCCGUGACGAGACGCUCACCUACUCUCAGGUGGACCGGCGCAGCAACCAGGUGGCGCGGGCGCUGCGCGACCACGUCGGCCUGCGCCAGGGAGACUGCGUGGCGAUCUUCAUGGGCAAUGAACCCGCCUACGUGUGGCUGUGGCUGGGGCUGGCCAAGCUGGGCUGUGCCAUGGCUUGCCUCAACUACAGUAUCCGCGCGAAGUCCCUGUUGCACUGUUUCCAGUGCUCUGGAGCGAAGGUACUACUGGCCUCGCCAGAACUACAAGCAGCUGUUGAAGAGGUGCUGCCAAGCCUGAGAAAAGAUGAUGUGUCCGUCUAUUAUGUGAGCAGAACUUCUAACACAGAUGGGGUUGACUCUUUCCUGGAUAAAGUGGAUGAAGUGUCAACGGAACCCAUCCCAGAGUCAUGGAGGUCUGAAGUCACUUUCUCCACUCCUGCCUUGUACAUUUAUACUUCUGGAACCACAGGUCUCCCAAAAGCUGCUAUGAUCAGUCAUCAUCGCAUAUGGUAUGGAAUCGGCCUGGCUGUUGCAAGCGGGGUUACAAAAGAUGAUGUCAUCUAUAUCACUCUACCCUUGUACCACAGUGCUGCGCUUUUGAUUGGCGUACACGGAUGUAUCGUGGCUGGUGCUACUCUUGUUUUGCGGGCCAAAUUUUCUGCCAGCCAGUUUUGGGAUGACUGCAGAAAGUAUAACAUCACUGUCAUUCAGUAUAUCGGUGAACUGCUUCGGUAUUUAUGCAACUCACCCCAGAAACCAAAUGAUCAUGAUCAUAAAGUGAGACUGGCACUGGGAAAUGGCUUGCGAGGAGAUGUGUGGAGAGAAUUCCUCAAGAGAUUUGGAGACAUUUGCAUUUAUGAGUUCUAUGCCUCCACUGAAGGCAAUAUCGGCUUUAUGAAUUAUACAAGAAAAAUUGGUGCUGUUGGAAGAGUAAACUACCUACAGAAAAAAGUCAUAAAUUUUGAGCUGAUUAAAUAUGAUGUGGAGAAAGAUGAACCUGUCCGAGAUGGAAAUGGAUAUUGCGUCAAAGUUCCCAAAGGUGAAGUCGGACUCCUGGUUUGCAGAAUCACACCGUAUUCACCAUUUAGUGGCUAUGCUGGAGGAAAGGCUCAGACAGAGAAGAAAAAACUGAGAGAUGUCUUUAAGAAAGGAGACCUCUAUUUCAACAGUGGAGAUCUCUUAAUUAUUGACCAUGAAAAUUUCGUCUACUUUCACGACAGAGUUGGAGAUACAUUCCGGUGGAAAGGGGAAAAUGUGGCCACCACUGAAGUCGCGGACAUAAUAGGACUGGUUGAUUUUGUCCAAGAAGUGAAUGUCUAUGGAGUGCCUGUGCCAGGUCAUGAGGGUCGAAUUGGCAUGGCCUCGAUCAAAAUGAAGGAAGACUGUGAAUUUGAUGGAAAGAAAUUCUUUAAGCAUGUUGCCGAUUACCUGCCCAGUUAUGCAAGGCCCAGGUUUCUAAGAAUACAGGACACCAUUGAGAUCACUGGAACUUUUAAACACCGAAAGGUGACCCUCGUGGAGGAGGGCUUUAACCCUGCAGUCGUCAAAGAUGCCUUGUAUUUCUUGGAUGACAAAGCAGAAAUGUACGUGCCUAUGACUGAGGACAUUUACAAUUCCAUAAAUGGUAAAAGUCUGAAACUCUGAAUAUUCCCAGGAGGAUAACUCAUAAUAUUUCCAGAAAGAAACUGACUCUGCCUAGAACAGCCACUUACUAUAAUCCAACUUUAAUUUGAUUGAAGAUUGUGAGGUGCAAUUUUUUUAUGCAUACGAAUAAGAGGAGACUUUUUUUUAAUUACGCCUGAACCUUUGCAAGUGAAAAGAUUCAGAGAUAAUUAUUUUUAAAUUUGCACCUACUGUUUGUGUUUGCAAACUAAGCUUGUUAGAGGAAGGGCAUUAUUUUUUUAAAUUAUAAUAAAAUAGAUGAAC